CAUGAGCUGCUGCCUCAGCUGGGGCUGCCCACAGUGCUGCUCUCUCAGGGCAGCAGCUGGGAGGAGUGGAGUUUCAGCAGCGAGUCUUUGCUGCUCAUCUGCAGCUCAAAUGCCGAGCAGGAGCAGAAUCCGCGCACUUUACUCAAGCUGCAAGAGGCACGACGAUUGGUCUAUCUGGAGGCAGGGAAGCAACCGACGGAAGUCUGUGAGGCCUACUUUGAGCGGGAGCAAGUUAAUGUAGCCAUGGUGGAUGCAGUGGGUAAUCUGUACAGCUGUCGCUGCUUUCAGCAGGAGAAUUAUAUACAGCUCAACUUAAGCGACAGCUAUCCAAUAUAUGUGCAGCAAUUUGCCAACAUGCAAGGAUCUGCUAUUAGAACUGAGCCCGAUCAACUAGGCCCACGUGCAUUUGUCUAUAAGAAUCCCAGCACAGGACAGUAUGAGAUAAAAGGGUUCGUUUCUAAUCUGAUCACAUCGUUUGCAGAGCGUGUGAAUGCGACUCUGAAGUUACGCGACGACGUUGACCAGAAAAUUCACCUGAAGAAUAUCUUUCAACGGGUGUUGUACAAUGAGCUCGAUAUCGCUGCCAUGCUGGCCACCACUGUGGAGUUCGAGAACUACGACUAUCUUUCAUAUCCCUACAUCCACAGCUCGUAUUGCUUCAUGAUUCCAGUCCCACCUCGAUUGGACUACAAGGAAAUCUAUAUGAUGAUUGUCCAUCCCCUGGUAACUGGUGUCCUAAUCGUCUUUUUCCUGAUCUUUUCGCUGCUGCUAAUCUACAGUCAAGAGCUCAACUGGCGCAGGUUCAGCCUCAUCGAUAUGCUGCUCAACGACCGCUGUCUG